UGUGACAGGUGGAGAGCAGCACAGCAUUAGACCAACAGACGUCCUAAUAAUGUGCAGUCUGCUGACACUGGAUGACUGGAAACAGCAGAGAUGAAGGAGCUAUGGAUUAUGGCUGUCUUUGCUACAGUUUCUUUGCCACAGGUGGAUCUCACCACAUCCUCUGCCAUUCCAACCACCAUUGACAUAACUAUCCCAAAUACUGCUGCCCCUUUAACCCCUGACCCUCCAACUACUACUUCCUCUAUAGCCCCUGACCUCUCAACUACUACUACCCAUUUAACCCCUGACCCUCCAACUACUGAUGCCCCUAUAACUACUGACACUCCAACUACUGACCCUCCAACUACUGACACUUCAAUUACUGAUGCCCCUAUAACUACUGACUCUCCAACUACUGACUCGUCAACUACUGACUCUCCAACUACUGACUCGUCAACUACUGACACUCCAACUACUGACUCUCCAGCUACUGACUCUCCAGCUACUGACACUUCAACUACUGACACUCCAACUACUGUCACUACAAUUACUGACACUCCAACUACUGAUGCACCAUUAACCCCUGACCCUACAACUUCUGAUGCACCCCUUGAACAUGCAACUACUGAUGCACCAUUAACCCCUGACCCUACAACUACAGAUGCACCCCUUGAACAUACAACUACUGAUGCACCCCCUGAACAUACAACUACUGAUGCACCCCUUGAACAUACAACUACUGAUGCACCCCUUGAACAUACAACUACUGAUGCACCCCUUGAACAAACAACUACUGAUGCACCCCUUGAACAAACAACUACUGAUUCCCUCAUAACCCCUGAGCCUGCAACUACUGAUUCCCUCAUAACCCCUGAGCCUAAAACUACUGAUUCCCUCAUAACCCCUGACCCUACAACUACUGAUUCCCUCAUAACCCAUGAGCCUACUGACACUACAACUACUGACACUCCAACUACCGAAUACCUAACUACUACUGGUCUUCCAUCUACUGGUUACCCUACCUCUAUCCCUAUCACCAGUACCAGUCUCCCAAACACCUCUACCACCACCUCUACCACCACCUCUCCUACCACCUCUACCACCACCACCAUCUCCACCACCACCUCUACCACCACCUCUACCACCACAACCCCUCCUCUGGUCUGUAUCAAUGGUGGUGAGCUGCAGAGUGGAGUCUGUAUCUGUCCUGAUGAGUGGACCGGAGAGACCUGUUCAGAGGGGAAUUUCUGCAAUUCCACCAUCAUUGGUCAAUUCUCCUACCCAAGAACAACGGUUGGCUGGUCUGCUUAUUCAAAAGAGUUGUGUGAUGAGAAGACAACCAGUGCUGGUUUACCAAGAGCCUCAGCAAGAUGUUUGAAUGACACUGGCUCUCCAAUGUUUGGUUUUCCUCAUGAACUGCAGUGUGAAUUUACCCUCAGUGACAUUCAAGGAAAUAUCUCCAGUAGUUCAGGUGAUUUACUACAGUUAGCCUUCAGUACUCAGAUCCUGACCUCCCAACCAGAGCAGCUGUCAGCUGACAACAUCACCACAGCAGCUCAGAUAGCUAACACGCUGCUUCUGUCUGCAAAUAUCACAGAGGACAUCGCAGUGGCAGCUGUAACUACCAUCAGUCAGCUGCUGCAUGCCAGUGAGGAGAGUACACAGGAGAGAGACGCUGUCCAAAACCUCACAGAGACCCUGGAGAAGUUUUCCCUGGACCAGCACAAUAAUCUGUCCUUGGUGGUUCAGCCCAACCUGGUAGUCCAGUCUGUCCAAGUACCAAGUGACACAGUAGGGAUCCAGUUUACUGCUCUGACUGGAAGAUCUGGUAAUUUUGUGGCCAACAGAAUUCAUCUCAACACAAAUACCUCUGAACUGAUAGCUGACAAAGGAGGUGCUACUGAUGUCCAGAUUGUCAUAAAAUUCCCAUCAGUUUUACGUAGUAAAUACACAAACAACUCCAUUGGUUUUGUACUCUACCAAAACGACCGGUUCUUCAGGUCCAGGGCUUUCAGUGCUUCUUCAGGGACCAGCAGAAGGGUCAUCUCUGCUAACCUGGGACAGGUGUCUGGGUUACAUGUUGAAAUGCUCUUCAAGCCCACAGUUGUCCCCAACGCCUCCCUCCAUGACUUUGCCUGCGUGUGGUGGAACUACACGUUGAAAGACUGGAGCACCUUUGGCUGCUCCAAAGCCAACCACUCAGAAGACGGCCUGCGAUGUUUCUGUAAUCACACCACUAACUUCGCUGUGCUGAUGUCGUUCAGGAAGGAUUUUAAAUACGCUGAAGUGCUAGACUGGAUCACCAUAUUGGGAUGCUCCAUGUCCAUCAUUGGGUUGAGUUUAACAAUAACAUUCCAGAUCACAACCAGGAAAUCACGCAAAACCAACCCAACAGUCCUCUUAGUGAGCGCAUGCAUGUGUCUCCUGAUCUUCACCCUCCUCUUCAUGUUGGGAGUGGACAACCCUCAUAAACAGCUGGACAAACCUGAAAUACAGGGGGACAACAUUCUCCCCCCGUCCGACACACACACAGAGCGGGACAGAGGGCCCUGUACUGCAGUGACGGUCCUGCUGCAGUACUUCCUGUUGGGGACGUUCACCUGGAACACGCUGUACGCCACACAUGUCUUCCUGAUGAUCAGAAACAGCCUGGCCACCAGCCCGUCACAGUUCACAGCCUAUACCGUGGCCAUCGGAUGGGGACUGCCUGCGGUUGUGGUGGCCCUCACCUUAGGAAUUAGUUACAGAGUGGAUGAUCCACUGGGUUACAGGCAGGAGGAAUUUUGCUGGCUUGCUGCCCUCGAUCCAAAGGGGAACUUUGACUUCAAGCUGCCAAUGUUUUGGGGGUUCCUGAUCCCUGUGGCGUUCAUGCUUAUGUUCAACACAGUGAUGUUGGUAUAUUUUGCAGUAACAACAUGCAAGACCAACCCACAUUUAACCAGUACAAGACACACAUCGAUGAAGAAGAAGUUCCUCAGUAGCUUUUCUCUGGCUGUGGUGCUCGGUCUCUCCUGGAUCCUGGGCUAUCUGUUGCUCAUUACACAGAACCAGACCAUGUACACCAUACUCAACAUCUCCUUCUGUGUACUCACCACCACUCAGGGCUUGCAGAUUUUCAUUCUGUUCACUGCAAGAACAGCAAUUGUCAAGAAAAUGAUGGCAGAUGCUUUGAAAUCGGUCUCUAGUGUUGAAAUCCCACUUCACACCAAGAGAUUCAGUCUAUGGCGAGGCAAGCACAGAGAAAAGGUUGAAUCCUACACACAGCUGGACACUAUGCUGUCAACACAUUAACACCUUAACUGCCACAGAAAAAGUAUUUUCCUGAAAAAUGUGUAUUUAGCCUUAAUAUAGGCCAUAAAUAAUGUGUAUUUGAUCGCAAAAAAAUAAACUUAUUUUGUAUUGGAUUUUACAUAUGCUUCUUAAAUCAUCUGAAAAAUUGUACAUUCAUUAACGUCAUGUCUGCUUCAGUUACUUAUAACGGAAGACAGGCCAAG